AUGAAAUUGUCCAAAAUAUUGAAAGGAAUCCACACGACAAUGAAAGGUGCAUUGCGAUUGAAGGAGCAGGAAUAUUCGAUAAAAGCGCCAUGGGGUAAUAUUGCAGCAUUAGCUUGGGGAGACCCCUCAAAUCCACCAGUAAUUAUGUGCCACGGGAAAUUGGAUGUAAGCUCUGGUUUCCGACCCCUCGUCUCCAGAUUACCGACCUGCUUCUUCUACCUAAGCAUAGACUUACCAGGGAAUGGGAAGUCAGAUCAUCUGCCCAAAGGAGUCCGGUAUACUGUUGUCGAUCUGGUACCGACUAUAGUGAAGGUUAAAGAUCACUUCAAAUGGGACAAGUUCAUUUAUAUUGGGCAUUCCCUUGGCGUUCCUAUUGGGAAAAUCUUCAACAUAGCCUACCCAGGUCACAUAACGCGCGUAGUCGAGCUGGACCCAAUACCAGCGCACCAUACAUGGCCGUUCACUCGAGAAGGCCUCCACGAUUGGUACCACACGUACUACUUGAUGUAUAAUGAUGAAAGGUUUCAAAAAUUCAAUAGUGGAUUGGAGACUGCGCCGAAAUAUAGUUAUGAAAAGGCACAACAGCUGAUGAUGCAUACACGAGGAUUAUCUAAAGAGGCGACGGAGCAUAUCCUGGAGCGAUGCCUGGUUCCUGCAGGCGAUGGUCUAUACAGAUUCACAUUUGACCAGCGUAUGAAAGAAGUAUCAGUAUUCCCCUUUUCCGGCGAAAUGUUAGAAAAAAUAUACACGACCACGACCACACCAACAUUUUGUGUAUUGGCUAAGAAAAUGAUAGACGUAGGUGUUUACGAACCCGUACCAUUCAUUAUGGAUGAAAAGGCUUGGCCUCACGGCAAUUAUAAGUACAAGAUUGUCGAUGGCAGCCAUGAUGUGCACAUAGACAAUCCAGAGUACAUGGCCGAUGACAUUUCAAACUUUAUUCUAGAAGGCGCGAAAGCGAAAUUGUGA